AUGGCCCCUGUUAAGAAUGGACGCGUUAUAUUCAACGAAAUCCCGACGGGUUACCCUGUUCCCGGACAAACGAUCGUCUACGACGAGUCCGAGACGAUUGACUUGGACAACGUUCCUCUCAAUGGCGGGAUCUUGGUCAAGAUCUUGGCUCUUUCGAUUGAUCCGUAUCUGCGUCGAAAGAUGAUAGAUCCAAAGAUCCCGAGCUUCUUACCACCUUUCAGAGUCGGCCAAGUACUUGACAAUAGCGGCGUGGGAGUCGUUCUGCGGUCGGAGAGCCCUGCGUUCAAGGUGGGGUCCCAUGUCAAAGGCCACUUCCCGUUCCAGGAGUACGUAGUCCUCUCCGACCCGUCCAAAGCCAGGACUCGCGUACUCGAAAACAAGGAGAGCCUCCCAUGGACUGUAUACCUUGGCGUCUGUGGCAUGCCUGGUCAGACUGCACACCAUGGCUGGUAUGAGUUCUCCCACUUCAAGAAGGGCGAUAUCGUCUUCGUCACCGCAGCAUCAGGUCCUGUUGGAGCUACUGUUGUCCAGAUUGCGAAGGCGGAGGGCCUUAAGGUCAUCGCUUCCGCCGGCUCGGACGAGAAGGUGGAGUUCGUCAAGUCCAUAGGGGCGGAUGUCGCUUUCAACUACAAGACGACGAAGACCCGCGAGGUGCUCGAGAAGGAGGGGCUCAUCAACAUCUAUUGGGACAACGUCGGCGGCGAAUCUCUCGAGGCAGCCCUCGAGUUUGCCGCUCAGAAGGCCCACUUCAUCAUCUGUGGCAACAUCUCCGGCUACAACACACAAGACCCGUACCACGUCAAGAACCUGCAGCAGCUGGUGUGGCGGGAGAUCACCUUCCACGGCUUCCUCAUCGGGUCCCUCAUGCCCAAGUACCAGGAAGAGUUCGACCGGACGUUCCCGGCACGCGUUGCGAGCGGGGAGAUCAAGUACAAGGAGCACAUCGUCCGCGGGCUCGAGAACGCGGGGCAGGGGCUCGUCGACGUCCUGACGGGCAAGAACUUUGGUAAGACCGUGCUCGUUGUAGCAGAUGAGUGA